UUCAACAUUUACUAAAAUCAUAUCAACCAAAGAACAUUAGAAUGAAGUACAUGCCGGAGACCAACUACAAUGCCGACCACAAAAUAUGGAGUGGAAUGGAACAGCCUGCAUAUUUCUCAAAGGAUCUCUCUGUUGGCGAGAUUACAUUUUAUGAAAUGCAACGCCAUCCAAAGUUAUUAGCACAGAUUUCCGAUUCUGAAAAUACCAUCCUGACUCGGGAAGAACUGUUCUUGAAUUCCAAGCGUGUGGCCAGCUACUUGAGGAACUUGGAACUACAGCAAUCGGAUAUAGUUGGGAUUAUAGCUAGAAACACUACACAUAUAUUUGCUGUAGCCUAUGGUUGCUUCUUCAACGGUACGGCAUUUCAUUCCCUCAACGUAAAUUACGAGAAGGAUACUAUUGAAAAGCUUUAUGACAUUACGAAACCCAAGAUUAUCUUUUGUGAUGGUGAUGAAUAUGAAAAAGUGAUAGCUGCAACAGAGAUGUUGAAUGUAAAGGUUGUGACAAUGCGGAAUCAUAAGAAGGGUUCUAUAAGCAUUCAAGAGGUGCUCACCACACCUGUUUAACAAAAUUUCCAGCCAGCACGUCUGCAGCAGGGAAAUAAUCAAACUUUAGCUAUACUUUGCUCCUCAGGUACAACAGGAAGUCCCAAGGCGGUGACUUUUCCAAAUAGCUACAUAUUGGGAAAUUUUAGUCCAUUCGUAACCACCUCUGAUGUGUUGUAUGUACAUAGUACAUUGGACUGGGUGUCAGGUCUAAUGACAACAAUUGCAUCUGGAAUACGAAGCGCUCUACGCAUAAUAUCAGACAAAUCCUUCGAUCCUGCAGAUAUAUUACGACUUAUCAAGAAACACAAAGUGACUUUUCUGAUUCAAGUUCCUACCCACAUGACACAAAUGACUAACUGUCCCGAGUUCGAGGGAGAUUGCCUGGAUAGCAUUUUGUAUUAUCUAUACAUAGGGGCUGGCUGUUCCAUCGAAGUUCAACAGAGCAUCCGUCGACGUCUUUCCCCGAAAUGUGGCUUCUUUUUUGGAUAUAGUUUUACCGAGUUGGGUGGAGGAGGAACAAUGAACCUUCAUUUCGAUCAGAAGCCCAAUUCAGUGGGACGCUUAGUGGACGGUUACAAAAUGAAAAUAAUCAACGAGCAAGGAGAAGCUUUAGGACCGAAUGAAGUGGGUGAAGUCUGCUUAUAUACCGGUAGAUAUUGGGCGGGGUAUUACGGAAAUCCAGAGGAAACUCGUAAAAUGAGAGACAAUAACAUGUGGUACCACUCCGGAGAUUUGGGCUACGUCGAUGAGGAUGGGUUUCUCUUUAUUGUGGAUCGCAAAAAGGAAAUGCUAAAGUACCAGAACAUCAUGUAUUAUCCUCAAGAAAUAGAAAAGGUAAUCACUCAAAUGCCUGAGGUCUCAGAAGUCUGUGUAUUUGGCAGGCUGAAUCCUUUCAAUGGAGACGAAGCUGCUGCUGCGAUUGUGAAGAAACAUGGGGCCCAAUUAGAGCCUCAGGAUGUUAUUGACUUUGUGUCAAAGCACUUGAAGGCCAAGUACUUGCAAUUGAAUGGAGGAGUCUUUAUAGUGGAUGAUCUGAAGCGAACUGCUAGUGGAAAAACUGAUCGCCGUGCCACAAAAGCUAACUGCUUGGAAAUAGCUAAGAAAUACUAA